AUGGAUACGAGCUCAUUCCUACCUCAGACCCUAUACUCUAAUAGAUGCGGAAUCAACGAAGCCAUGACCCAAAAGAUUCAGGAAUACUUUUCUCAGCUUGGCUUGGCUACGGACGAAGCCAAUAACCUGCAUAAAAAAUCAUUCGAUGGUUACAUAUAUAUCAAGGAAUAUGGUUUAGCAAUUCGUGGCCUUAUUCGUCAUCACAAAAUUGAUCCAAUCGAUUACGAUCAACGUUGUGACUCAGCAUUACCGCUCGAAGACCUCCUUGAACCCAAUCCCACCUUGCGGCGUUUAUUACUUGAUAUCGAUCGCUCAAAAGCCAGGGUCUGGUGUAUCACCAAUGCAUUCAAGUUACAUGCGCUUCGUGUUCUCAGGAUUCUAGGUGUUUCAGAUCUCAUAGAAGGUGUCGUUUCGUGUGACUAUACGAGUCCCAAUUUCCAUUGCAAGCCCGAGCAAGGAUCAAUACCCAUCAAAUCCAUCAAUAAAUCAAAACACGUCUUUGUAGAUGAUUCAUUGAUCAAUAUUAUUGGAGCUGUUCAAUUUGGAUUUGGAUCGACUGUUUUAUUUGAUGAAGAUGGAUUAAGAAAACCAAAAGAAGAUCAAGGGUUUGAAAGAAUUGAAUCUUUAGAAGAACUUAGGAAUCUUAAACAUUGGAAAACUUGUUUUAAAACUUUUGAUAAAGAACUUCAAGAAUGUUAG